CUGUUACCCCCCUCCAGUGGAGCAGACAGGUCCUGGACAGCCCCAGAACAGAGGUGGAGUCUGCCCGCUCACUGUGCCUCAGGUUGGACCAAGGUAUGAGGAGGGGUGGAAACUAGGGACCAAAAAGGGUGGAUAGAUGGAUGGCUAUAUAAUAGACCAUAGGUUUCUAUCAACCUGAUGAAACGUUUUGUAUUCAAAAACUUUUUCAACAGAUUGUUAUGAUUCUACUUUACUGUGUGUGUGGGUACAUGGAGGUGAGGGGGAGGCUAGCACUGUGAUGCCUUGAGCACAGUGUGAAACAGGUCCUCAAGUCUCUCAGGAUUAUGUAACCAGCCAACUCCAGACUAUUUUGGACUCUGAGGUAAAAGUACAGCACCUUUCCAGACAGUCACUAGCCACACACAGCACUGGCUACAUCAAACUACACACAGCACUGGCUACAUCAAACUACACACAGCACUGGCUACAUCAAACUACACACAGNACUGGCUACAUCAAACUACACACAGUACUGGCUACAUCAAACUACACACAGCACUGGCUACAUUAAACUACACACAGCACUGGCUACAUUAAACUACGCACACACGACAGGCGUCAUUAAACUACGCACACACGACCGGCGUCAUUAAACUACGCACACCCGACUGGCGUCAUUAAACUACACACGGUGGUCACGCACAAGCGGAGUCACACCUGAAAAGACGGCCGUAUACAAACCUACAGACCCACACAUUCGCAGCAUGGUUAUGACAGUGAGUGCAUUCAUUUCACCUGGUUAGGUGAUGGAGAUCACGUUCUAAUUCACAGCCUCUACCUGAAGAAGGGUUGCAGUGGAGAGGUGACCGGGUCGAAUGAGAAUGAAUGGGUGGCCGUAAAGUGAAGCUAUGAGUGGCCGACUUUGGGAACUUAGCGGUAACGUCAGGGUUAAUGCCUCUACUCCUGAGACAUUCCAUGGUGUCCAAUGACCACAGAGUGGACCUUGGGUUAAUGUCUGAGAGGAAGCUGUGGUGUGAAACAGGACAGUGGAGGAGUGAAUAGAUGUGACGUCUCCCACGGUCUUCGCUGAAGUCCAUAGGUGGCGGGGGGUCUUCUCCAGCCACUCUUCCCCUGCCCUCCCCCUGAGACGUGUAGCUGGAGUGUCCCCCCUCAGUGCCUCGUUCUCCAGGUCCUGCUCCACCCCUCCACCCGCUGACAGACCUGGAAACCUCUGCGCCCUAUUGAGCAGAAUCAGGGCCAUAUUGAGCAGAAAGAUCCUGGGCCUUGUUGAGCAGAAAGUCAACACUCCUGAUCAGUUCACCAGCCUCAUUCUCCUCACCCCUCCAUCCUCUCCUCCACCUGUCCCUGACUCCUGUAGGGAAGGCUGAGAGAAUUCCCACAUUCCUCCCAGCCAAUCACUCAGCUAAUCGCAGCCGCAGCCUCCGGCGGUUACUCCUCAGCCCYCAGUCUUCCAUGGACAGUGAGCUCAGUGCCUCAGAGCUGGAGGAUGACUCCAUCACGCAGGGAUACAAACUGCAGGACCUUGUUGACGUCCAGGUCAUGGCUCGUCUGCAGGAGGACAGUCUUCGUCAGGACUACKCCACCACCCCCACCUCCAUCAACCGCCGCAGCGCCAGCUUCUCCUUCCUCUCCCUUCAGCACAGCGGCGAGGCCGACCUGGAGGAGGAAGAGGAUGAGGAAGAGUACGGGCAGCUACCUCCUCCCCAGCCCCGCCUGACCCGUGUGGGACCCACCCUGCAGCGCGGCCUCUCCCACUCCCACACCUUCUCCAGCAUACGGGACUGGAGGAGGAGCACAACCAGCCCCUCCACCCCUCAGUACCCCUCUGGAGGAUUCUCCUAUCAGCCCCCACCCCAACCCCAGGCCCUGGCCAGCCCCACACUCAGCACCUACACACCCGAACAACAGGGCUUCAGGCCUGGAUCAGAUAAGCUGCGGAGGAGCAUGCCCAACCUGUUCAGGGCUCCCAGUGUGCCUAGCCCACUGAGCCCAGCCAAUCACAUCGUCUCUCCUUCCACCCUUCGGAACAGUCUGAGCUUCGACUCGUCCAAUGGGCUGGCCAGCAGGCUACAGUCCUCCAUCCCUUCACCCGGUCAGUUGCAGAACAGAGUCCAGAGUGUGGGGAACUUCCAGUCGUUGUCGCGGCAACCCCUCAAAGCCACAGCCUACGUCAGCCCCACUGUGAAAGGGCCAGUUACCAUGCCGACCUCCACCAGUCUGCAGUCCCUGAGCGGCAUCAGUGGGAUCCCCCUCCCCAGUAAACCAGCUGUGGGGGUUGGGGGCACUCCUACACCCCCCCGGAGCAGCCUGCCCCGCCCGGCCUCCUUUAUCGGGACCAGCUCCACCCCUCGAAGCAAGAUCGCCCAACCCACACGCAGUUUAUUGACGCCUCCUAAGAGCUUGUCCAGCCUGAGUGCCCUACGAGACGGGAGCUGGAGAGAUGGCUGCUACUGAGAGAGGGAUGAAUGGAGACGUGAAUGGAGAGAUGAGAUGCAGAGAAGAAGAAGAGCUGGCAAUGUAGAGAGACCCUGCUGGUUGGGGUCGAUCACUGCCACACAAAGUGUUCUUUGGGAAUUGAGAAGGCAGGUCAACCAAACUAUAGGGAAUAACAACCUUGUGUAGAACGCCCUCAUGAUUGGGUAUGUGAGGUGUGGUCAGCACUCAAAGUCAAACAUGCAUUCUCCACCUGUCCAAUUUGGUCUGUGCCAAGGGGAAUCGCCCUGUUGAUAUUUUUAUGCACUAACAAGUUUUAACCACGUUAUGGUUACAUUAACAUACUAAAGAAAGAGCUGCCACUUUAUGCUAAUUAAGCCACAUAAUUCGUUUUUUUWWACUUUGGAACUCUGAUUAAUAAAAGGUGUAUUUUCUCUUAAUGGAGAGCACCAAAUAUGCUGCUAAAAAAAGUCUAAAUCACUCCCUAUUGUCUGGGUGUAUUUGGUCUAAUUUUUACAUGGCAAGGUAUAUUUAAAAUAAAUCUUAUAUUAUUUAUUAUCUUAUGAUUAGUGUAGAGACUAAAGUUAACUUUCAGUGUGCAUUGUUGGGAUGCUGAUUGUAUUGAUGCAAUAUUCUUCAUGAUUUUUUUAAAAUGUGAAGCAUAUUAACCAAAUUAAAGCUAACGUCUGAAUCUGUUUACAAAAUGUCUCACCAAGACAGGGAAAUAACUUCAAGUUGUGUUUUGGACACUUUUUAAACUAUAAAGAUUCACUGGCAUAUCUAUGAAAUAUUUGUAAUUGUUGCACUGAUUGUACAAGUGUGAAUUGAAAUGUAAUUGUUUUUGUUCAUUUUAUUUGUGAUAUUGCACUUUUAUGGUUAAUAAUAAUUUUGUUGAUGAAGAGCACAGGGUAGAUGUUUUGUCUUUUGGGAUGAAGGAUUACUUUUUAAAGAUCACUUACGUAGCAUUCUCUGUCUGUUAAUAAUUUUUUCAGUAUUU